GAACAACUCCACCGACCGCGGCCAUCCUCCCAUUCCCAUAUCAAUAGCAAUUAUAGCAGCGCCUUGGUGUACAGGAGGGAGGUAGCGUCGUACAGAGAUGGAUGGCUACUGCAACCUCGUCUCGUCGCCUCGGGUUGCCAGCGGCGCCGUGGAGGAGAGCAAAUGGGAGGGGGUGGCCGUCGGGGCGGCGGCGCUGGUGAGGAACCUGUCGUCGGCGUCCCAGAGGUUCAGGGCCGUGGAGAGGAGCAGGUCGACGUCCGGCGGCGGCGGCGGGCUGCAGGCCGUGGUGCGGAGGGCGUUCUCCAUGAGGAGGCAGCCGUCCAGCUUCACGGACGGGUACUGGAGGAUCCACGACGACAUGGACGGCGACGCAGCUGGCGAGCAUCAGGAACACGCGGCGUACGAGGAAGCGGAGCAGAAAAGAGUGGGCGAGCAGAAUCACGCGACGAGCAAGAAGGACAGGACCACGAAGAAGAAAGGCAGGAUCUUCAAGGCGUGCAGGAAGCUUCUUGGAUUCUGAUUAACCCAUUGAGAUCAAGGAUAUUAAUCUCCUGGAGCAGAAAAA